UCUGAGGUGGGCUGAACAGUCAUUCUCCCUUCAAUAUUUGGUUCAUCGUCUUGAAGGCGCGAUUAUCGCGGAUUCGCGGUGAACUGAAAUGGAAUUCCCGUUUGACCAUCCCAGGCAAUCUGGAGAUACAGAAGAACAGUACCCACCACCAAACUACAGGCCAGAGCUAGCAUCUGAAUCUGGUCUCAGCUACGAUGCCUAUCCACAAGACCGUCCAACCUACCAACAAUGCCCGCCACCACGUUCCCAUCAUUUCGAACCCCAACCUGAAUAUCCGUCCGUCCGACACAUUUCUCACCACUCCAGCCAAGGCUUACAUCCAUCCUACCCAUCUGAGUUUCAGCCCCGGCCACACUUCCCUUCAGUCCAGCACUUUUCUCACCAAGUAAUCCAACCAGACCCACCUGGGUACUCUUCAGUCCAGCAUGUUUCUCACCAAGGUUUUGAUCCAGUCCCAUCUGGACACCCUUCGGUUCAGCAUGUCUCGCACCAGGUGAGCCAAGGGUUGGAUCCGGACACUCCUGAAAUUCACCAUGAAACUCAUCACCAUUAUCGUCCUCACCUACCUUCGUUCGUCUAUCAUCACAACCAAGAGGGUUCUGAGCUGACGAAUAAACGAACUGUUCGCAUAUACACCAAGGCUGAGAUUGGGUACUCGCUCACCAUUCGAGAUGGGAAAGCUAUACUUGCGCGAUCUAAUGAGAAUGACGAAUUUCAGCACUGGUACAAAGACGAGAAAUACAGCACAAGGGUAAAGGAUGAAGAGGGAUUUCCCAGUUUUGCUCUGGUGAAUAAAGCCACUGGUCAGGCCAUAAAACAUUCAAUUGGAGCCACCCAUCCAGUUCAGCUAGUACCUUACAAUCCAGAUGUUCUCGAUCAGUCAAUCCUGUGGACAGAGAGCAAAGACUUGGGUGAUGGUUUCAGGUGCAUAAGAAUGGUAAAUAACAUUCGCUUGAAUUUGGAUGCAUUUCAUGGAGAUAAGAACCAUGGAGGAGUUCAUGAUGGUACUAUUGCCGUGCUUUGGGAGUGGAAGAAAGGAGAUAACCAACGAUGGAAGAUUGCUCCCUACUGAUUCACUUGUUUGGUAGCCUUCCCUGUAUAUAGAAGGUUGUCUUGGGAGGAAAAGAUAUUCCUACGUGAAACUUCUGAGUUUAUGUACCUAAACUAGAGUGUGGAUGGAGUUUGCAAUGCUUGUGGGACCUUGGUCUUUUCCUAAUGUGUGUGUCUCAUUGUUAAUGAAUAUAUGGUUUUGGGAAUUGCAAUGCGGUUUUUUGAUAAAUUGUUUCCUAUAAAUUGUUCGGGCUACUUAUUAUGUUAUAAGCUGCUCAUUUCGGGUAUGAAUAUGCCAGCCUCGUUGAAAA